UUUAUUUUCGUAAUAUAAUUAUUCGAAACUGAUGCGCAGUUUUAUGAAAUGUUAUAGUUAUAAUAUUAAUAUAAAUAUACAUGGUUUAUAUAAUAUUAUAUGAAUCUCAAUAGAUAUUUUAGUAAUAUUUUGGUAACCAAUAAUAAGUUGUAACACCAUAAGCUGUCACGUGAUUUAGUCCAUUUAUUUUCGAUAAUUUAACCGCUUAACAUAAGCAAGCAUAUAAUCAUCUCCUUGCUUUAGUCAAGUGUCAAUAUCGUUAGUGCUUUUCAAAUUAAGAAAUUAUUUUGAAAAUUUUGUAUUUUUAAUUUAAUAUUUAUUUAAAAUGUCCAAUAUAUUUAAAAGAAGACUUCAAGCAUUGGGAUAUUUAGAAUGGGACAAAGUUAAUAUAAAUGAUGUACAGCAUUUUCGAAAAGUUACACUUUGGUUAGAAGAUCAAAAGAUACGUCAGUAUGAUAUACAAGAUCGAAAAGAGUUGAGAGAUAUAAAAAAUGAAAGUUGGUCUAAAGCAUUUGCUAAAUAUUGCAAUGAUGUUAAAUGUCCAGUUUUAAAUAAUACUGUGGAUCGACUUGAAUGGUUAAUUGGAUAUGCAAUUUGGUUGGAAGCAGAAAAUAAUAUUGAAGAAUAUUCACAAAAUGUAAAAGAAAUUAAAUUGAAAAUGAAACAGGAAGCAAUAGUGCCUCAUCUAAAAUCCAAGAAUCCACUUGACAAUUUAAACUUUGACAGUAAUGAGUUUAAAAAUGGAAUCUACUCUGUGGCAAAAUUACUUCGAAUUCCACGACAUCCGAAUCAUCUGAUCACAUUAAAAGCAUGCAGUAAACUAGUACAAAGAAGAUUAAAUUCUGAAUGUUUACGGAAUCCAAAUUCUAAAAUUAUUCGAGGCAAGCCAUUUCCUGUGAUGAAUUGCGAUCCUGGUUUUCAACUGAAGAAAACAGCAGUGGAAAAUGCAGCUAAGAUUCUUGCUCUUCUUUAUAUUCAAGAUAUUAGGAAUCUUCAAACAAAGAUUAAUGAAGUAAUCGUCCAAGUGCAGAAUAUUACAGCGAAUCCAAAAACGGAUACUAAGUUAGGAAAAGUUGGAAAAUAAAGAAAAGAAAUGAUACGUAGAUAUUUUGUUAUCAUAUUAUAUGAUAUAUAUAUAUACAUAUAUAUAUAUAUAUAUAUAUAUAUAUAUAUAUAUUAGAUGUAAUAAAAAUAUUAAAUAUUAGAUAAUUUUUUUAUCUUAGAAAGUCUCGAAAACAUAAUAUUAUUUAUUUAUUUUAAAAUCAAGCUUAUUAUAGCGUAUCAUUAAAAUAAUUACGAAAUUUAUUGUUUUCUUUAAUUUUUUUUCUACACAAAAAAAUCAUUAAAAAAUCAAAAUACUUAAAUUAUUUUAUUUUAUUAUAUCUUUAUUAUAUUAUUAUAUUAUGUAUUUUAUUAUAUCUCUUUAUAAUAAAAUGUUAUUUAAUUAAUAGAAAAUAUUAAAUAAAAAUUAAAUUAAUUUAAUAAAUGUAAUAACAAAAAUGUAAUAACAAAGAAUAUUAAAUUUUGUUAUAGAUUUACAUGUUUAUUUUUUAAAAUCUUUAUUCAAAUAUAAAUUUAAUUAAAAAUCAAUAACAUAUAAUAAUUUUAUGAAAAUAAUAAAUAUUGAAAAUUAUUUAUAAAAAAAAAUGAAGUAUUUUAAUUUGAAAAUUUUUGUUUACAUUUAACAAAAAUUUGAUACCACUAAAAUAUUUAUAAUUUUCAAAUAUACAUAUAUUAUAUUGUAUAUAUGUUAUUAUUUAUUAUAAUACUUCUUAUAUUAUUAUUACACAAAAAUUUAUACACAAAAAAUUUUUAAAAUAUAUUGAAAUAAUAUAAUUUUAAUUUUAAUUUUAUAAAAUAAUCAUUGCAAAAAUAGAGUUAAAGAAAUGUAAAUUAAGUAUAAACAUUUUCUGUUCAUAUAUGCUAAAUAAAUAAAUGAAUAAAAAGUAAAAUUCAAAUAUUUUGAUAAUAUUUAUUAUAUAAAAAAUUAUUAUAAUAAUCAAAACAAUUCUUGAAUGCUUAUAUUUAUAAAACUGAUUAAUAAAAUUUCUCAAUAUUAUACUUGUUGAUAUUUUAUAUAAUUUAUUGAUAUUUUCUUGUUAGAUGAAAAUACUCAAAUCGAAAUAUAGAUUAAAAAUAGAAACAAUAAAUUGUAUAUUUUAUUUUUUUUUUAAUAAAUAUAUGAUUUUUUUAUGAAUUUUAUUUUUAUAUGAUUUUAUAUGAAUUUUACAUAAUAUUUAAACUGUUAAUUGCUUUAUAUUAUUUUUAAAAAUAGAAAGCAUGAAAAAUAAAAAAAAUAUGAUAAAAUAAAAUAAUUAUCAAGAUAAAAAAAUGUAAUUUUUUUAAUAGUAAUAAAAAUACUAUCAUGUAUAAAAA